AUGUCCAGAGAUGUUAUUGUUAUUCAAGAUACAACCAUUGCAACAGUCCAAGUACUUAACAAAGUAGUGGUACAAGUUGGUACUAACUCAUUUACAGAUGUGAUUAUUAUUUGUUCAGUCGUUUGUGCUAGUUGUCUGAUUCUCAUUCUUGUUGGUAUCAUUGCUCUCUAUCUUUGUAUCUUACGUAAGAAACGAAGAUAUUACUUGCAAAGAGAGGAUGUUGAUACUGAAAGCCAACACAUGAAGCGUCAGUUAGUAUUUCACACAUCUAAAUUGUCGGACAGUGAAUCCAGUCUAGUAACUGUUAAAGUGUUCUUUUAG